ACUGUCAGUGGCGAGCCGAACCUCCAGACCCGCAGUCCCUUGAAUUCGCUGCCAGAAAAAAACCGAGAAGAUGGCGUUGAACAGAAAUCAUUCACAGUCCGGUGGAGUGUUGGUGGACAACGGUGAAAGUGUGUUAAAAGACUGCAAAGAUGUGGAGCUCUACUUCAGUGACUUGACCCAGAAGAAUGAUGCCUUCAAAGGUACCAAGAAGGGAUUGGUCUUCCUUACUCCAUACAGGGUCAUUUUCGUGUCUAAGGGACAGGAUUCCAUGCGGUCUUUUAUGAUGCCCUUCUAUCUGAUCAAAGGAUGUUCCAUUGAGCAGCCUGUUUUUGCUGCCAAUUUCAUUAAGGGCACCAUUGUUGCUGAAGCUGGAGGUGGCUGGGAGGGGCAGGCUGCAUUCAAGAUGUCAUUCAGUAGUGGAGGUGCCAUCGAGUUUGGGCAAUUGAUGUUCAAAAUGGCCACUAACGCCUCUAGGGGGGGUCCUCCACCUCCAAGUAGCAGUCAAGCAUGUGGCUAUGGCCCAGCCCCAAUGAUGAGCAGAUAUGGACCGGGAUCAGCCCCAUACGGUCCUUCCCCUGCUGGUUUUCCUGUAUCAUAUGGAUAUCAAUAUCCUUCUCCUCCUCCUGCUCAGAAUGGUUACUACAUGCCUCCUCAGCAGGCACCCAUGGGAUACCCCUAUGCACCCCCACCCCAAGCAGGAGCUUUUCCUUCUGCACCACCGGAGAACCCGGCAUACAUGCCUCCACCUCCUCCAUACCCUGGACCACCUCUUAACCCUGCAGCCAACGGCUGGGCAGCACCUCCCAUGCCAGGUAACUCCAAAGCUGCAGAAGCUGCCUCCAGCGCUUAUUACAACCCCAGUAACCCGCACAGUGUGUACAUGCCCAUGGACCAGCCUCCCCCAUAUGCACCUAGUGCACCCCCUGAGGACAAGAAGACAAAGUAGAAGCUUUAUCACAACCUUUCAGCCCCCCCACUCACUCACCCACCCUCCUACUCCUCCCCCAGCACUUCAAAAAUAAAUAAACAGCAAACGGCUGAUGACAAAAUACGCUCACCCACAUGGAGAGGGACAUUCUUUAUCUGUCCUACAGCAACGACUUCAUUUGUCAGCAUGUCCACACGUCCAGUCUGUAUGCAGUGGAGUUUGGAGCGGGUCACCAGGGUGCAGUGAAUGGACUCGCUCGCACCAUUUCCCCCAAUCUUUUUUUUUUUUUUUUCUUGUCUGGUUUUAUUCCAUGAGCCGUAAUCUUUAUGGUGUGAUGUUAAGGGCCAUCAUAACUUUCUUUAGAACAUCCAUGACUGGAGUUUAUAAUCCCACUAUGGUGACUUGGUCAGCUGGUGUGUAUAAUGCGCAUGAGACCUUACUUCUCACCCCUGUGGCUCAGUCAAUUAAAGAGACUUACUGGAUUAUCAUGACCUCUGCAUUUUGUGAGACCGAAAUUUACUCUGCUGGUUUGAUAGAAAACCAGUCUUGGAGAAUCCUUGAUUGUUGCUGAUUUGUUUCCUCCCAUUAGUGAGAGAAAGUUCUAGCAGUUGAGUGGUGGCUUUUGUGAGCAGGCCAUUGAAUAAGAUGGUCUUGAGCGAUAAUGGUAAGCAUGUGAUGAGAGCGGCCAGUCAGGUAAAGGUUUGGGUGCCAUUUGUCAGAUGACUAGCAGCAAGGCUCUGGGAACCUAGACGAUCUUCAGCACAGGAGAAGGCAGGUAGACGUCCUCUUGCCGUGUUUUUUUAUUUAACCCCCCUCUCUCCUUUUUUUGAUUGAGGCUUAUCUUAUACAUUAUUCUGUUAGAAAUUAUCUUACAUUCCGAUUUUUAAAAAUUUGGGGAGAGGCGGCGCUGCACCCUUUGUCAGAAAUGUACAAGCAUUCAAAACUGUAAAGAUUUUUACACUAACUAUUGUAGGAAUAUCAUGAACCAUUCAUUGUGCUUAGCCUGAAUGGACAGUUUGCAGUUGCACUUUUAAUCUUCCUUAACACUUCAGUGUAACUAAAGUGAAAUGAAGAUACUUGGCAGUUCUUCUGUUUUAGGUAAGUUGGUAUUGACAGGUUAUGGGAGAAUUCAUACAAUCCUGAUCUGUUAAUGAAGUUAAACUAACCCUGGUAGUGGCUUUUAUAUUUAAUUCAAACAUGGCAUAACUCAUUUGCUGUUGGGCUAAAUGAAUUUUGUUGCCUCAAGUCUUCUUAUAAAAAUCAUUCACAUUGUU